GAUAGUUCAUCUAAUUUUCUUUAAUCAUUAGUCAUGACCUGGAAAAGAUUUUUCCACUUUUCUCUGAUUUUUGUUUAUUUUACAGGCUUAUUUUUAACCUCAGCCAUAGUUUUCUUUGGAUUCUCGGCUAUAAUAAGCUUUAUAAACUCUCUUUGAGAUUUGUUUAAACCAAAAGCAUGUUUCGCUUGCCUCGCUCACUCAAUGUAAACAUCUUUUCUUACCUUCUAGGAAUGGUAAAAAGGUGUGUGUUACCAGAUACUCUACCAAUUUUGUAUUAAAUCAUUGGAAUUGACUUUUAUUGUCGAGAUUGAUAAUUGCUUCAAUAUACUAUUGGAUCUUCUAAUGUAAAAAAGUUCAAUAACAUUUUUUUGUAAUUGUGCUCGAUUAACCAUUAAAUUCAAUGGAAAAUUAAUUAAUACAAAUCAUCGAUCAUGCUGGUUAAGAUCAAGCAAGAUAGGAUAUGGAUGGAAAACAGAAAAAAUCUUGUAAACAAUGUGGUUCGACAGUAUUUGAGGAGAUCGAUGCUCUUUAUUAUUGUUCUGUAUGUUCGACUCAAGUUACUGGGUUAACUAUUGAAGUAAGUCAUUUCGAUGGCGCGGUCAGUACAUUACGAGAGGUUCGAGAUAAAACCACAAAAAGAAAAGCGGCUGAUACUGGCCCACCCUGGACCACCAUGGAAGCAUUUAACGUUAUUUUAGCUCACCAAUGCUCUCAAUUGGAAGAUAAAUUAAACCUUGGACCUCAAUUCAAAUGUGUUCUAUUCAGUUUAUGGGCUGAAUAUCUAUCUAAAUGUGAAGUCGCCUUUACUAGAAGAGAGCAAUCAAAACCAAAAGUCAAUAUUACCUCCCAUUUAAGAGAUAUUCAACUAAUAGAUCAAGGUCUCGAGAAAGUAACGAAGCCUUUAAGUUUGACUCAUAAAUCAAGAGAGGAUUUAAAAGUUGGAAACACUAAAUUGCUACGAAACAUUAUUAUCGGGGAUCUAAAUCGGAGUCACUCUGGUAGUCCAAAAACUGGUGAGCCUGAAAACAAUUCUCUUGUCGCUCAUACUGAAAAUCUUGAUAUUGCCGAUUCACUUGAUGACAUUGAUGAAAAUUUUGAACCUGAAGAAAAGUUGAACCUAGAAAUGGAAACUGAUUUAAAUUUCAAUAAUAUCUCAGAUGGGCCCGCUGAUUUCAUGUAUGGUAAUGAUCCUAUUGACUUCCAUGCAAAUGAAAAGAAGCCUUCUCUUGACGAACGCUCAAACUUUUCCAGCAUGUUAACGAUUGGUGUAUCAGAGCCUGAAUCCCUUUUCAAGUCAGAAUCUAUUGAAUCUACACUAGAGGAUUAUAAUAAUGGUCUUUCAUUAAAAGGUCCUCGUCAAUGGAAAGCUAAAUACAAAAGUAAAAAGAAGGAGAUAAGAAAUGUUUUAGAGACAUUCGAUAAGGGUGGUAAUUUCCAUGAUUUAGUCAAUGAAUUAGAUGCAAAAUAUGGAAAAUCAAGCAAACUCACUAAUGGAGAUGCUGAUAAUAGCCAAUCUGAAGACGAUGAGGCUGGUUUUACGGAGGAAAAGCUACCUGAUAUGACAAAGAGAAGCUUGCUAAUAAAAAAAAUUGUCAACAAAGACAAAAACGGUCCAGCUAUACUUCGAAACACCGACGAUAUAACGGUGGAACGAAUGACCAUUCACAAAACUCUACAAUUUAUUUUGUUGGCAUUCAGAAUCUGUAAUUAUAAUAUUCAUGCAAGUGAUAUAAUCCAUUGGAUUAAUUUGGGUCAUUUAACCUUUUUCAAUGCUCCAAAGGUUCUUCCAGAAGAAUGGAUUCUUCUACCUGGUGGCGAUGUAAACGUUUUGCACCCUCGUAAAGUUGUGAAUAUUGAAGCCUUAGAAAGAAAUACAGUGACAUUAAAGAAAUUUCUCUUCAUUCAAAAUCUUCCUCAUCCUAAUUUUAUUGAGAUGUUGAAGAGACAUAUUUUUGAACUAAAUCUACCCUUCCAAUUGAUAGAUAUAGUAGCAAAUGUGAUCGACUGGAAAGUUAUAGCUAAAGCUUCUCCGCAAUUCAAGAUUGACGAGAAGGCUAAAAUUAUCCCAUGUUAUGAUGUUUAUUCUUUUUGUUCAAUAGUUGUUGUUCUUAAGAAAUUAUUCAUUCUUAAUAAUGAAAUUGAAUUUCAAAUUUCUGAUUUCGUCCGAGAAAAUUUUCAUGAUUCUUUUAUCUGGAAAGAUUGGCUUGAUCACACUCGUGUUUUAUGGAAAUUGAUGAAUCACCAUUACUUGCCUAUCAACCCAUCGUUGGCUCUCAAUGUGUUUGAUAUUGAAGUUGUUCGUGUACAUCGGGACAAAAUAUCAAAUGCUAUGUUCGGCAUAGACUCUUCAUUUGGAUCGAAACGUUAUUUUUUAACUAAAGACUUCAAAAGCAAUUUAUCCAGCCUUAUGGGGCAAUCAUUCGAAACUGAUAGCUGCGCCAUUGAUCUACCACCUUUUACAGUUUACCAUUUGUACGAAGCUAAAUGUUUUGUUAGACGUCGUUUAAAUGCUUUGAACCGAUCAUCACAUAUUUUUGAAGAAAAUUUCACGAACAAAUCAAUCGAUUAUUUGUUCAGUGAAAGAUAUAAAUUUGUUGGCAUCGAGGCUAAUAAACUCAAAGCACAUUCGCGAGCAAAAAAAAUAGCAGUGGAGACAGCAAUUGAGGAAUGGCCUGAACCAUUGCAACUGCUUCUAAAUUUAGGUUCAUUCAUCCUGAAUCGGCCACCAAAAAUGUUCGCACCAAUAAUUAAUAGAUUGGAUUCUUUGGUCAAGGAUUUACCAUGAAUUAAGUUUUGUGCGAUAAGAUUGAUGAUGGGGAGUGUUGUCCAAAAUUACUCAAAAUCAGAAUUUCACGUUAUGAACGCUCUUCCAGUUAUAAUUUUCAAAUUUUUAGUUAAAUCAAUUAAUUCCAGUUAAAUUAACGUCUAAUGAUUCCAAAAAAUUCCAUAAUAAGUUAAAUAUGGACUCUAAUCAUGAUCUAACAUAAAUCAAUUCAUUUUUUAUAUCAA